AUGAAGUUCCUACACCUUGUUGUUGUGAUCUGCUUGGCCGCUGCGGUGAGCAGCCAAAGCCACGACUUAAUUGUUGGCCAAGCCACCUACGGAGACGUUAUAGUAUUCAAACAAAACGAGUACAAAUACGGAUUCCCUUUCAUGGUGCGGACGAGUAUUAUUGAGUAUCCGGAACCAGGACAGCACAACUUCGCAUAUAUCAAGGCGAUCUACGUCAAGGACAACGAGAGGGAUGGUAGUGGUGGGUACCCAACAAUCUCGUCGGGAGGCGUGGGACAGCGUUUCGUGAAAAUUAAGCUGAAGACCCAGAGAGGCUACGGCAUGAACUUCACUAUAACAAUCUACGGAAGAUACUAG